AUCUUUCUACUAUUUAUUUUUUUCAAACUGCUUUUUCAAUUUCUGUUACUAUCUACCUUUUCUUGUACUUCAAUUAUCAUACUAUUUUGUUGAAUUAUUUUUUUUUUGCUUCACAAGAUUUUGUAAUGCUUUAUUUAGUACCGAGUUGAGGGUUUAACAAAAACAACAUAUUUACCUUCCAAGGUAGAGAAAUGUCUGCAUACACCUCCGUCUUUUUUUUUUGAUAUCUCUGAACUGAUUAAACCAAUUUUUCGAAAUUGAGCAGGUAAAGAGGGGGAAAUUUGUUUGGUGAGAGCUCAACUUAAGCUAUUCAUUGCUUACACAAUUUUGUUGAAGUUACUAUUCUUUUUUUUUCUAGAAUGUUUUGUCAAUCUUUUUUAAGUAUCUGUUUUGAUAUGUGUUUCCUUGAACUGGAGAGUCAAUCGAAAACAACCUUUUUACCUAUCAUAAGAUCUAAUAUAUUCUACCUUUUUUGAACUCCACUUAUUAAAUUACACUGAGUACAUUUUUAUUGUAACAAUUUGUUAAAAGGAUAAAAAUUUAUCUUUAUUGUGUGUUUAUAUCAAACCAAGUAAAUACAUGAUACGUAUUCUCAUUAUCCAAUAAAUUCUCCGUGUAAAUGACGUAACAUUAAGUAUCUUAUCCUGUUAUUCCAAAAUAGGUGGCAUAUACUUCUCUGACAUUAUAAAAAUACCAUAUGUUAAUGAAUGUAGGCAACAGAAUCAUAUUAUCAACCUUUUAAUUUCCUGAAUACAAGGAAACUUUUUGUCCCCUCAAAAAUCGAAUCAAAAUGAAAGAAUCCUCAGAAUAAUAGGAAAUACCAUAAAAAUUAACACAAAUUAAUAGCCUUGUUUAUCCAUAUAUACCAGAAAGUCCCUUCUUUCUUUUUUUUCCUGCUAUUUUCACUAUUGUUAGAGCCAGACAAUCAAAUCUAUGGCAAAAAAAAAUUGAAACCAAUUUCUACGUAUUAUAAAUACACAAAUACCUGAAUGUUCUUCUUUUUAUCAUCUCAAUUCUUGAAACAUAAUAAUAUUCUUGUUAUUCUAAUUCCAAUUCUUCUUCCGUUUGUGUAUAUAGAUUUUUUCUUGUUGUUUUUUUGUCAUUUGUUUUGAAAAUGCCAAUAGAAGGUGUUGCGAUGGUGGAGGAACCUGUUUUAUGUGGUUCACCACUAGGGUCCAGCCCAACCUCCCCUAAAAGUAGGAUUAAGUUUCUGUGUAGCCAGGGAGGAAAAAUUCUUCCUCAACCAGCUGAUGGCCACCUCAAGUAUGUUGGUGGCGAGACACGUGUUAUCUCCGUUCCUCGGGACAUUAAACUUUCAGAACUCAUGAAGAAGCUAACUCCUCAAAUUGAGGGUGACAUGGUUCUCAAAUAUCAACUAGUACACGAAGACCUUGACGCCUUGAUCUCGGUAAAAACAGACGAGGAUCUACGCCACAUGUUAGAAGAAUAUGAUCGUUGUGAAAGUACAGGGAUUCCGAGGCUUCGUGCCUUCCUCUACCCAGCAAAGCCUGUUGUGGUGGACCACCACAUGACACCUCCUGAACCUCUAGAACAACGAUACAUUGAUGCUAUUAAUGGUAUAAUCCGUGCAAGGGAAGCAGGCCUUAGGAUACAACAACCUCUAAGCAUAAGCCAAGCCUCUUUUGGGUUUUCCUCUGCUUGCUCUUCACCAAGAUCUCCUGACAGUUGCACUACUGAUGGUGUUAUCCAUGAGACUUUGCUACAAAGUAUCUUUCAAAAUAGAAGUCAACUGCACAAAGUUCAUAGUUCCCCUAGCUUUUACAAUGUUACUAACCAGCAACAACAUGGGUUACAUCAUAACCAUCAAUCAUUGCAGCAGCAGCAACAUCACUAUUACAACUUCAGGCAACAAAACUACAAUGGUUACCAGUUAAACAAGCCUCCUCAUGGUCCUGGUGAUCCAGUCAAAGGGCCAGACAGGCUGUUUUCUGUUAGGUCUGUUGGUCGAACUGAGGGGUUAAGGUAUCAAAUGGAUCAUAACCAACAUUACUAUCAAUCACCCUCGAGGCACAGCCGUGGCAGUGGCUGUUGCACAAAAUGUAUGCAUUUUGAUGAUAUUGGCCAUUAUGGGGAGAGGAGAAACGGAAGUAUAUCGCCGAGCAGUUACUCUAUGGAGAUAGGAAAUGGUUGUGCUUCACCAGGAGGUUAUUCUGUGGAAAGAAGAACCAGUAGUCUUUCUCCCAGUCCCAUUCCACUAAGCCCUCGCUUCUCCAAUAUGGCUAGCUCAGGGGAUACUUAAAGACUCUUUAUGUGCUCUGCAAUUUCCACAUAAGUUUGGCAAGAGAUCAAACAUAAUUAUCAAUCACCCACUCUCUUUGGUAUACGUUACUGUACAGUAAAUAAUUAUUUUAUCAUAUAAGGAGGAAUGAACAUUCGUCUUUUGCAUUUUACCUUGGACUUUGUAUAAUAAAUACUGAAAUUCUGAUUGGUUCCUCAGGACAAUUAUUUUGUACUUACCUUAAACUUGAACUUUGUCACUUUUCUUG